AUGGAAGAGAACCGGGAUCCACUAGCUCGGAGAGUCCCAAGCUUUGCGCAGGGGAAGCGGAUUCUUCUGGUGGAUCGUGAUGCUUCAUCACUGACGUACAUCUCUUCUGUACUGGAGUCUCAUUCAUACAAGGUAACAACCAUAGAACUAGAAUCUGUUGCCAUGUCCAUGUUUGCGGAGAACAAGGAUGAAUUUGAUGCGGUUAUGGUUGACAUGAAUAUGAAGGAUAUGACAAGCCUCGAAUUUGUCAGACGAAUACUUCUUACAAAGAAUUACACGCCCAUCAUUUUGAUGUCCUCCAUGGGUAACGAGGCUGUUGUAAGUCAAGCCCUAAUUGACGGGGCGUGUCACUUUCUUGAGAAACCAAUUCCUAACGAUCAACUGCUGCAAAUAUGGCAACAUGUGCAUCGGGUGAAGAAGCUCUCAGAAGUGGAACAAGAUGUGGGUAGAGGAUCCAGCACUGGGAUAGGUGAGGGUGCUGCGAUCAAAGAGAAGGGUGAGAAGGGUAUUGCACCUACAAAUGAUACAUCUCAAGAGGGUACUGCCUACAGGACUAAGAGAUGUACAGGCAUUCAGAUCAGAGAGGAGGGCAAUGACUGUAGACCUGCCACUGGAGUUGAGUUGCAGGGGAUUGAUCCAAAAGGGAAGAACAAGAAAGUAGAAGGGGAAGUUGGCCUGGUUGGUCUGGAGAAGCGCGAUUUCAAACUACCUAUAGGACUAACCAUGGAUGGCAUCGAUCAAUUGAGGAUGGAAGCUAAUGAAAAACGAGGAUGCAGCAAGCGAAAGAGACCCAGUGUUGAUGAUGGAGAAAAAAGAAAGUACCAGAGAAAUGAAUGCUCUGAAAACUCUCAUUCCAAGGGUAAAAGCCCCAGUGGAGAGGUUGGGAGUGAACGCAACCUCAGUGGUUGCACUUCUGAGGCAAAACAAUCUACAUGUAGGACUACAGAUCUUACAAUAAAGUUAACAGCAUCCAUUCGUGAACUUGGGGAAGAAUGGGCUAAUCCAAAAGCAAUACAAGAUACUAUGAACGGGCCCAAUCUGACCCAAUGCCAGAUUUCAAGCCAUCUGCUGGUUCGCUUCUGUCAAGUUUAA